ACAUAUCUAAUUAUUGCUUAAAAAAAAAAGAAAAAAAAACACUAUUGGGCCUUGCCUCUUAUGGUAAAAAAAGUCUUUUAACAAUAUAAACCCUUAUUUUGUCUUCUUCUCUAAUUGCAAAACCUAAUUGUUCUCCACUUCUCCCAAUCUCUCGCAAAACCAACACCAAAACUGUGUCUCUUCUUCUUGAAGCUUGGACCACUUAUUUUGUUUUCUUCUCUAAUUCCAUUCAUCUCCAAUUUCUUGGUAAGUGGUAGAUUUAAAUUUAAUACUCUUUAUAACUCUCUUUUCUUUGAUGAAUAUUGUAGUGUUGUCUUGGUUUUGAGGGUUGUCAUUAAGUUGUUACUUUACUUUUCUAUCUACAUCUUUUAUUUUUAGAAUUGACUUUAUUUUUCCAUAAGAUUGUGUUAGUCUUUGUUAUGUUGGGACUUGUUUCUUUAAGUGUUUGAGUUUGUCUUAUGCUUGUGUUUUACCUUUGUGUAAAUUUGUUUGAAAAAUUGUGUUUUUGUUAGGCUGAAAAAUGGUUAGAGAAAAAAUAAUUGACUCAUUUUUUAAGAGGAAAAAUAGAGAUAAUGAAGAAGUAGAAUCAUUGCGUCACACAUCGGCAACAAACUCGCAUAUUAAUGUUGAAAGUGUUGAUAAAGAUGAACAACGAAUAGAGCCAUCUAGUGUGCAACUUGCCCAACCACCUCCUUGCAAAGCUCCAAGGAUCGAACAAGAAAGAAUUAAUAUUGAUAUUGAUACUUUGAUUCGCGAUCCUGGAAAACGUCCACUUAUAUGGAAUUAUUGUGUGAAUCAACAAGAUGAAAUUCGUAGGGCAUAUAUAAAAUUGGGACCAUACCAAAUUUUGAUGGACAUGUAUCCACUUUCUGGUCAAGAAGAUCGUCCUCGUCGAUUUCAAGCGCAUUGGUAUAAAGCUUUUCAUUGGUUAGAGUACUCACCGGAAGAAGAUGCUGUCUUUUGUUUUCCAUGCUAUUUAUUUUCUAAAAAGUUAAGUCCUUUUACUACAAAGGGAUUUAGAAAUUGGAAAAAAGUAAAUAAUGGAAAAGAUUGUGCAUUUUUAAAUCAUAUGGGGAAAAGUCCUAAUUCCUCACACAAUGUUGCUCUCAGAUGUUAUGAAGAUUUCAAGAACCACUCAUGCCACAUUGAAAAUGUUUUGUCUAAGCUAACUGAACAACAAAUAUUGAGUAAUAGGUUACGGCUUAAAACUACUAUUGAUGCUGUUAGAUGGUUAACAUUUCAAGCUUGCCCUUUUAGAGGGCACGAUGAAUCAUUGACAUCUAGAAACCGAGGUAAUUUCCUUGAAAUGAUUAAGAUUUUGGCUGAUUAUAAUAAGGAUGUAAAAGAAGUACAAAAAGAAAUUAGAGAAGAGAUUGGCAAUUCAAAGUUUUGUUUACUUGUUGAUGAAGCCCGUGAUGAAUCUAAAAAAGAACAAAUGGCGGUAGUUAUUAGAUUUGUUGAUAAGUCUGGAUAUGUCAAAGAGCGUUUCUUGGAUAUCGUACAUGUGGAUGAUACCACAUCAUCCACUCUUAAGCAAGGUAUUUGUUCAAUAUUAUCUCGUCACAAUCUUGACAUUCAAAAUGUUCGAGGCCAAGGAUAUGAUGGUGCUAGUAAUAUGCGCGGAGGGUUGAAUGACUUACAAGCUUUGAUUCUUCAAGAAUGUCCUUAUGCAUAUUAUGUACAUUGUUUGGCUCAUCAAUUACAACUUGUUCUUGUUGCGUCAUCUAAAGAAGUAGCCGAAGUUCAUACAUUUUUUCAAACUUUGAAUAAGAUUGUCAAUGUUGUGUGUUCUUCUUGUAAACGAAAUGAUGAGUUGCAAACUGCAUAUGAAAAUGAAAUUAUUCAUUUGGUUGAAAAUAAUGAGAUUGAAACUGGAAGAGGGGCUAAUCAAACUGGAACAUUACAAAGACCUGCAUAUACUAGAUGGAGUUCCCAUUUUAAUUCAAUAUGUAGUCUUUUACGCAUGUAUAAUGCAACUAUUUUAGUUCUUGAAGAUUACGCGGUUAAAGGAUCUAGUUCUGCUCAGAGAGGUGAUGCUAAAUAUUGUUUUAAAGCAGUGAUGUCAUUUGAAUUUGCUUUUAUUCUACAUGUGAUGAAAGAAAUAAUGGGAAUCACUGAUAAACUUUGUCAAGCUCUGCAGAAAAAAUCUCAAGAUAUUUUGAAUGCUAUGUGUUUAGUCUCUAGCACAAAAGCACUAAUUCAAAAGCUAAGGGACUUAGGUUGGGAUUCCGUUUUAGAAAAUGUCAAAGCUUUUUGUAAUAUCCGUGCCAUUUCAAUUCCUGAUAUGAGUGGUUCUUUUGCUGAUUUAAUUCGAUCUCGUCGUCAAGAGGAUGCUGUGACAGUUGAACAUCAUUAUCGGGUAGACUUAUUUAAUGCCAUCAUAGAUUUUCAGUUAAAUGAGUUGAAUAGUAGAUUCAGUGAGCAAGCAACUGAGCUUAUUACAUUGAGUACAUCUUUAAAUCCCAAAAAUGCAUUCAAGUCAUUUAAUGCACGUGACAUUUGCAGUCUUGUUGAGAAGUUUUAUCCAUCAGAUUUUUCUAUUCAAGAAAGGAUUCAAUUAGAAUAUGAGUUGCAACAUUAUGAGUUUGAGGUGCUUAAAGAUGUUAACUUUCAAAAUCUGUCCACUAUUGGUGACUUUUGUCAAAAAUUAGUUGAGACAAGUAAAUCAAAUUCGUACCCAUUGAUUGAUCGAGUGCUACGACUUGUUUUGACUCUUCCUGUGUCAACAGCAACCACUGAACGUGCCUUUUCAGCGAUGAAAAUUAUAAAAACAAGACUACGUAGCAAGAUGGGAGAUGAUUUUCUCAAAAGUUACAUGAUUGUUUAUAUUGAAGAUGAGAUUGCUGAAAAGUUCACCUCGGAUAUGAUAGUUGACGAGUUUGACAAUGUGAAACCAAGACGAUUAGAUCAUAAAAAGUGAAGGUUAGUUUUUAUUUUAUUUUAUAUUUGUAUGACUAUAUUGGCUUUGAAGAAUACUUACAUGUUCUUAAAUUUCUUAUAUAUGUAGUAGUGCAUUGAAAAAUUUACUUUUUCUAUAUACUAAAUUAUACUUUUGAGACUCGGUCCCCCCUAUGUUUAAAUCCUGGC